GGGUGAUUUUUUUAAUAGCGUCUAUCAUCGUUUUUUACUUUCGGCAAAAAGCGAAAUGCGUUGUCUGUGUCUGAAAGCAAUGGCUGUAACAUAUGCACGGCAUCAUAUCACAAUUGGUUCAUUUAUUGAUUCAAAAUAUAUUGUCAAUAUGCUUUCCAAAUGCACAAAUCCAGCAGAGCGCGAUCACCUGAUAUUUCUCAUCAGUAAGUUGGUGCAAAAUAAGGAUAAUGUGCGCGAAUUGCUCUGUGCCGGUAUUUUACCUUUGCUGGUUGAUACUGCAGUACUGGCUCAUCUUCACGUAAAUCGUGCAAAAAUACACAACCAGGCAGACGUAGCGACAAAAAACGAUGGUACAGCUGAAUGGUACUACACUGAUAAGGAGGGGGAACGUCAAGGACCAGUUACUUUCAAUGAGGUGAACAUUUCCGAUAAUUCAACCCAUGCACACGUGGCAUCCUCUAGGAUUUGCCUACUCUUUUAACU